CUGAAAAAACUUUUAUAAAGUGGCAAAAGACUCAUUUUAAAGUCUGUUGGUUGCUUUUUGUUUUGUUGAUCUACUAGAUCAAAAACCAUCAACAAACGGGAAGUUAUAAAAACAACUUGUGUCAACCGACGUUUCUUUCAGCGAUUAGUCAGAUCCGUCCUAACUUUCAGUUUCUGUUUGAGUUCAGAACCAAAAUCUGAGUUGUGACGACACCCAAAAUUACAACCAAUUAAUAAUUUAUCCUUAAAAUGUAUUUUUUAAGUGUCUUGCGUGUUUUAAAUGUAUUCCUGCCAAAGCACAGAGUGUUCCUACAGUUCUCCAGAUGUUCUAGAUCUUUUUAAACAAAAUUUGAAAAUGUGAAUUAAAAAAAGCUGAUUUUUCUACAUCUAGCUUUAAAAAAAAGAGGAUGGGUAGAUUAUCGUUGUCACUUGGAGACAACGAUAAAGGUAAUAAGUUCUGAUAAUAUAAACAUUUCCUCUUUAUUUCCUUUCUAUAUGCAUUUACAGAUAAAAACCUCUGAAGGUCGCGACCUUCAGGAAUCUGUAGUCGUGAUCGCUGCCAAUCUUUUCUGAGUUAACAUGAGGCGAGUCAUCAGAGCGAAACUGUUUGCAUCACUUUAAAGAGACAAGAAGUCUCUUAAAAGUGAGUUUUAUCAUUUCCUCCUCAAACAGCAGAACUGCUUCAACUUGUGGAGCCGCUCAGAGGAAAAGCUCAAGUUUUACUUCUGCAUUUCUUUUCCACAUUGAUGCAAAAGGAGAGUUCACCCUAAUCGACUCACUUCUGCUGGUGAACUACUUCUCCCUCACGUGAGUCUCUGAAUCUUUCUGUUUCAGCCAACAUGGCCGAUGAAAGAGAGCCACUCAUACCUAAGCCGUCUUCGCCUCCACCGUAUUCCUACCAUGACCAGUCGCCUCCAGCUUACUCUGCGGACCCAGUCGGGUACGGUCCGCACCAAAGUGAGGCCGUUGUCACCAGAUACGAGUCUUUCCGAGACAUAAACCCAGAGAUCGCAUCGGACACGACUCCCUUUGUGUCGUCGUCGUUUGAGGACGAAACCGUGAGGAGAGGGUUUGCUAGAAAGGUGUUUAGCAUCCUGACGCUCCAGCUGCUGUUCACCUUUAGCGUGGUCUGCGUGUUCACCUUCUCCAGCGUGGUGAAAGAGGCCGUGCAGGAAAACUUGUGGGCCUACCUCAGCUCCUUCAUCGUCUUCAUCGUGGUGGCCUUCACCCUCAGCUGCUGCAGGUCCUUCAGCCGGCGUCACCCCUGGAACCUCGUGGGGCUGGUUAUCGUCACCCUAAGUCUGUCUUACAUGGUGGGGACCGUCGCCUCCUUCCACAACACCACCGCCGUGGUCAUCACCAUGGGGGUGACGCUGGUCAUGUCUGUCGCCAUUAUCGUCUUCGCAUCACAGACUCGUUAUGAUUUCACUCUUUAUUACGGCGUCCUAUUAAUCAUGGCUGUAGACGUCCUCAUGUUUGGGUUCUUCUGCACCUUCUACUACUCCCACGUGGCCAACAUCAUUUAUGGAUGUCUUGGAGCGCUGCUGUAUUCUCUGUUCCUGCUGGUCGACUGUCAGCUGAUGAUGGGAAAGAUGAGCUAUCGGCUGAAUCCGGAGGAAUACGUCAACGCUGCUCUCACCAUCUACCUGGACAUAAUCCUCAUCUUCCUCUACCUGCUGGGGAGGAGCGUGGAGCAGAAGGAGCCAUCUCCAGACUGGUUCUGGCUCGACCCACCUGUUGUGUAAAUGAGACAGGAAG